AUGACUCCCCUGGAACAAGCACUAUGUAGUAUCCUUACAGAACUCAUGCCACUACUGUCACUGCAACAAAAAGACCAACAACAGCAUCCAGACUGGGUUGUCGAAUACUGGAGUCGUGAUGAGUAUAUCAACUUGGAUGCUCAUUCCGAUAUCGAUGAACAGUUGUUGUUGCGGGAAGGUAGCAUUCGGUGCCCAACGUGGGCACACGUCCUGUAUCUAGAUGUGGUACCGGACUUGCGAGGGCCGACCUGUGUCUUUUCUCAAAUGGGUGGUUGGAACGGCCAAACAGUUUCGGAUGCGGCAACGACAUCGGUGAUUUCAGUCCCGGCCCUGCCAGGGCGACUCCUGAAAUUCCCAGGGGCUGCCAUGCAUGCGGUACCCAAACCAACCUCACUAUGGUUCAUGAAUGAAAAUGACCAAGACGAGAUGCUGGCAAAAGAAGAGGAGGAGGAAGAAGAAGAUUUUGACUAUGAUGAUGAUGAUGAUGACAGGACCGAAAGAUCGGUUAUACUGUUCAAUGUGUGGCAAGGUGACGGUCCUGGUGGAGUGCAAGAGGACCUGAUUGAAAAGGGGAUUCUUCCAGAUGGAAUUGGGCUAGCAGCGGAUGACUCCAACGACAACUACAUGGCAAAAGAGAAAGAACGACGAGUAGAACUAUGGAACGAGGAUUACGGGGCGGGUUGUCGUGACUUGAAGUGUAAACCCAGGACGGAAUGGCAACGUGUGGACAUUGUUGACUCCUCCAACAAACAAAAUACGAAAUCGGAAAAGACAACAAUUCGAGUGCCAUUGAUGGGAAACAAAAAACGCCACCUUCAUGCCAAUGGUCGUGCCCAUCUGACUUCACCGGCAAGACUACUGAAUGCUUUGGAGGACAAGAGUACACCUCAUCACUUUGUUUUGCACCAAACCGGCAGCGGGUGCAGCAAAUGA